CUCGAACCGGCGCCUUCCGCGGCUGCACGGCUGUCUCAAGCUGUCUCUGCCUCUGUGCCUGGCCCUUGCCCUGUCCCUCUCUAGCGUCACCCUUCCCUGUGCCACAUGCGCCCUCUGUCUCCUACCAGGACCAUGCGCCUCUGGGGGCCUCGGAGCCUGGGGGUGGCUCUGGGAGUCUUCAUGACCAUCGGAUUUGCCCUCCAGCUCUGGGGGGGUCCCUUCCAGAGGAGGCUACCUGGGCUGCAGCUCCGACAGUCCUGGGCCUCAACCCCGGGAGCAGCUGUUCCAUCCUGCCUGCCACGGCAGCGACUCGUGUUCCUGAAGACGCAUAAAUCCGGGAGCAGCUCUGUGCUGAGUCUACUUCACCGCUACGGGGACCGACACGGGCUGCGCUUCGCCCUCCCCGCCCGCUACCAGUUCGACUACCCAAAGCUUUUCCAGGCCUCUCGGGUCAAAGGCUACCGCCCUCAGGGUGGAGGCACCCAGCCCCCCUUCCACAUCCUCUGUCAUCACAUGAGGUUCAACCUGAAAGAGGUGAGGAGUGUCGAGGGGGCGGGCAGGACUGGCGAGACAUGAUGGGCUCAUGCCUGUAGCCAAGACCACCAGGGGAGGAGACCCCAGGCCUGGAAGCUCCCCAGGCAUCCCCUCACCCAAGAGUUGGGCAUGGGGGCCACAAAGGUGAGUCCUGCUGCCCCUCCCUCAGAAUUUUCUGGCAGCCGAAGUUCUGCCCUCUCCCAUCUAGAGUUUACUGCAGUCUCUCUCCUUGACCAGUUUAUUCUGCUGGCAUCAGUGUCCCGCCAACUCUGACCCCACCCCACCAACCCUCCCUCCAGGUACCUGGCCCUUCCUGGCCCCUUCCACUGACACUACUAGGGCCCUGCGCAGUCACUGCCUUCUGACCCGUCUGCAUCUCACUCCCCUCACCACGUCUGCCAGAUUUUUUUUUUUUUUUUUUUUUUUUUGAGUUACGCGGGCCUCUCGCUGUUGUGGCCUCUC